ACACCCCCAACCCUCUGGAAGAUCUGCCAUCUGAGUGUAGGGUGGGUUUUGCACUUCCCGGGACCUGGGUCCAGCCAUACGUAGGGUCAGAGGCACUGAGGGAUUUGUAAACUAGUGAUCCAGAUCACCAGCACUGAGCCCUGGGUCUCCUCUUCUCUGUUUGGUAUUUAUAGUUCUGUCUCUCCUCCCAGGAUUGCAACAAAAACCCGCCAUGCCUCUGGGAAAACCUGCCGCACUAAACAAGCGGCAAAAGCUCUCCAAGAUCAUAACUGACCUAUCACAUAUCGCUCAGGAUGAGUAUGAGUCGGAGCCAGAGGCAUCCGAGUUCGACCUGGGAACAAAGAUCAGGACUCCCAAAGACAUCAUGCUGGAGGAGCUUUCCCUGAUGAAGAACAAAGGCUCCAAGAUGUUCAGGAUGAGGCAGAAGAGAGUAGAGAAGUUCAUCUACGAGAACAACCCAGACGUCUUCAGCAGUGAGUCUAUGGACAAUCUCCAGAAGUUUGUUCCCUCUCUGGGAGGUCAGAUGGGAGGUGACAUGAUAAAUGUUGGUGGGCAUUUUGUAAGCAAACAAUCUGGACACACAUAUUUCGGAGGGAUACGCGCCGGAGGAGGGGCCCCUGUGCCUCCUCCGAAGCCUGGAAGCAAAGGUGCUGGAGCAGGAGGAGCAGGAGGAGCAGGAGGAGCAGGAGGAGCUGGAGGAGUGGGUGGGGGCGACCAUGGGAAAGGUGGAAAAGGAGAAGGAGCUAGUGAUUGGUCUCCACUAAAAGGAGGUGGAAGCGAUGAUGCAUCUAAGCUGAUUCUUUUGAAGACAUACGUGUCGCCAUGGGAGAAGGCCAUGAAGGGUGAUGAAAUUCUGAUAGCCACUAUGAAAACAGGAAUGCCUGGUCCCAUGGAACAAUUGGCUCUGCGCAAGUUCAAAUCCUUCAACAGGUCUGCCAUGCCUUUCGGCGGCUUCGAGAAGGCCAACCAGUUCUUGAAAUUCCAGCUGCCAGAAACUGAGGCCAAAGAGGAGCCUGAACCAGUGGUGUACCAACACGAGAUCGGCUGCCGGCCUUCCUUCAACCGCACUCCUAUCGGCUGGGUGGGCAGCGGUGAGCCCGGCACCAUUCACAUGGAGACAGAUGCUGUGCCCUUCGAUGGAGAGACCGACGAGCUGUGAAAAAAUACUCAUACUGUGAUACACUCACUGUGCACAUAAACACACGCACGCAUGAAUGCAUGCAUACACGUUAGCAUGCACACACACGAUAGAUGAGCCUACAGUUAACUGUUGUAUUGAUGAAUUUGAAUCUCUCAGUGUGGAUGACUGAAAGCGUACAUGAAAUGUGGUCAUGUUCUUAUUUUGCUCUGUAUUUGGUUGUAAGGCAAAGAAACAAGCUGUAGAUGUUGUGGGGGGUUGAAACACCAAAUGUUUAUUUAAGUUCAUAAGUUGAGUCCACACACUCAGAGGAGUUUUUGUUCUCGGUGAGAAGUCGCAGAUUGUGUCAAUGAAGAAAGAAUGAAUCAAGUAUGAAGGAUAGAUUUAUGCUAUGUUACUGUUGUGCACACUGUCUUGAUGUCAAGUUGUUGCCAUAUUUGUUAUUUCCCAGUGCCCUUUGUGUUGUUAAGAUUCUCUUUUCAUUUGUUGAGCUAUGGGAACUCACAAACCUGUCUAAUUUACGAUGCAUGCAUAGAGUCAUUUGCUGAUCCAUUAUCCUACACAUAGUUUCUCCACAGUAAACCCUUUCAGAUUGUAACAAUCCUCUUGUAGAGUGAUUAAAAUGUCAAGGGAAAU